AUGGCCACUGCAGCCUCGCAAGCCUCCCUCUCGCUCAAGCAAGCCGGCAAAGUCGUCUGCAUCGGCCGCAACUAUGCAGACCACAUCGCGGAGCUGCAAAACGCAAAGCCAAAGAAGCCCUUCUUCUUCCUCAAGCCGCCCUCGUCCAUUGUCCUGCCGGGCGAGGGCCCGUGCCUGCAGCCCAAGGGCGUGGACAUGCACUUUGAGGUGGAGCUGGCGCUGGUCAUUGGGCGGAUGGUGAGGAACCUGCAUCCCGAGGAUGAAGAGGGGGCGAUGGAUGCUAUUCGGGCCUACGCCGUCGGCAUCGACAUGACAGCCCGCAACGUCCAAAACGAAGCCAAGAAAAAGGGCCUCCCCUGGGACAUUGCAAAAGGCUUCGACACCUUCUUGCCCAUGAGCAACCUCAUCCCCAAGGCGGCCAUCGCGGACCCGCACGACGCGGAGCUGUUCCUCGACGUCAACGGGCAGCCGCGCCAGCGCGGGUCCACGGCCCUCAUGAUCUACCGCAUCCCGCGCAUCAUGAGCGACAUCUCGCGCGUCAUGACGCUGCUGCCGGGCGACGUGGUCCUGACGGGGACGCCGGCCGGCGUUGGGCCCGUCGUGCCGGGCGAUGUGAUGAGGGCGGGCGUCAGGGUGCAGGGACAGGAGGUGGAGGAGGGGAGGAUCGAGGUGCCCGUGGAGUUGUCGGGGAGUGCGUAUGAGUUUUCCGAGACGUAG